AUGCCAAAACUCUUAAUUUUUACUAUUAUUUUAAAGAUUUCUUUAUCAAAAAAUUUUACAUGUCAUAAUAAUAUAAUGAAAGCCUGAACUAUGUUUCUUUGGACUAUAAGUCUAGUAGCUUGCAAAGACUUUACUACCAAGAACGGUUCCUUGGACCCUGGAAGAAUCACAUGGCCAAAAGAAGAUUGAUACAACAACCCAAUCGACUUGUCUCAAACAAACGCAGGAACGCUAGUAACUCUUACCUUUAACUUCAGGCCUACGACUACAUUAAAAGGCGGCAUCGUUCAAAUAAUUUUCCCAUCAACUUUCCCUAGUAUCAUAAACCCAGUCAAUGCAAAUUUGGGAUCUUCAGAAAUUCAAGCAGGGACAGACAUGUCAGUCACCACAACCGCAACUUUACCAUCAAACCCAGGCUUUGUGGGGCCAUUUGGGAUAAUCACAAGAUCAAGCCAAACAGGUCAAAUUACUGAUGCCAAUUUUGUCUUUGGCUGCAUUGCCAUAUCAGAACCAGAUAUCCCAGAUAAUAACUUGUCUGUAUAUUCGGUUUCACAAGCUAAACAAAUUGGAAGCUCGGACAGUUUUGUCUUCCAUUUUCCAAUAAACAAGAGCAUUUGGAAAAACGACAUCAUUGAAAUCAUCCCUCCAAAAGAUUGGUCUCCAUCUAGCAACCCUACCUGCUCAUCAUCCAAUGGUGUUUUAGUAGGCCCAUCUGGAUCAUCAUCUCUUCCUUGUGCAGUUGCUACGAAAAGCAGUGGUUUGACUGGACUUACAACGACCUCUUCUUCUGAAUCCUCCAAAAAUUCUGUCUACAUUUAUGGGGUAGCUUAUGAUGCUUAUAUAACCACCAAAACUGACAUUGCAUUUACAGUUUCUGAGUUCUAUUUGCCGUCAUAUGUGGUAUCUACAAGCUCAAGCAAAAACUCAUGGGAAGUAAAGCUUUGGAGGUUCGGCACUAAUAACCUUAUACGGCAUGCAACUGGCUCAGGCACUUUUUCGAUGACUCCUGGGACUCCACGAAUUCUUUCAUGGUUACCAAGAAGCACAAUACCAAAUACAGAAAUAAUGCAAGGCAUGACAAUCUUUACAGACUUGACGAUCGUGACUGAGAAUAAUAUUCCGGCAUCUGGGACUUUGUCAGUUACAUUUUAUGGUGUUGACAUUUAUUAUCCCAGCUGGUGGAAAGAGCUUGACGGCACAAAGGCAGCGAAUGGGCUUUGCUAUUUAUCGCCUUACAUUAAUGGGACAUCAUGCUCUGUUGACACAACCCAAAAAGUGACCAUCAAAUUUGAUAACUACCAGACACCCAAAACAUUUACUAUAACUGUCCUUACCAACUUCAACUCAGACAGUCCCCAAAUCUCAAAAAUUGAGUCAAAAACUGAAGAUUUGUACGUUAUUGACUCCUUGUCAAGUUCUUAUGACUUUGAAUUAACGAUCUCCAAUAUCUUACUUUCUGACUGUACUUUCCAUGGCGGUAAUAGUCUUACCUAUGAAGGUGCAAAUAAACUUACUGCUGGCCAUAUUCAAGGUGGAGAAUUAGGAAAAAAACUGUAUUUCAGGGUCAAGCCAGGAGGAGAAUAUACAUGGGGAGAUACUGCAGGUGUCACUAUAGUUUUCAACAUAAAUUAUAGCACCAGUCCUUCUUUCACUAAAGUAUAUAUCGAUUCAAAGGCAACCACUUCAGAAACAAUUGGCGCUUUAACAUCUUCAACAACUAUACCUGAAGGUAAUGCUAUUUAUUCACCAUAUUUUGGAACUCAGUCUAGUGGGAUUUAUGUAAGCAUUCCAGCAAGCUCUUCAAAGAAAGUGUCUCCUACCAAUUAUUAUUUAUUUGCCUACAGCUCAACAUCUACUACAAGUCUUCCAUCUGUGGCUUCAAAUGUCGCCACUUUUUACGAGAUGUGGGCAAAGGUCGAGUAUUCAAGCGAGACUUUACGCGAGAUAGGCAGCAAUGUAUUUUCAGUUAUGCCAUUGGUAAGCUCAUCAAAACUGUACUCAGUGCCUCUUUGUACAGCUGCAGUAUUUGGGAUUCCUAUAGUAAAUUAUAUAGAGCCUAUUUCUAUGAGCUUAGAUUUCGAUGACCCUAGUUACAGUCUUUAUAUUGACAUAGACAUCGAGAGCGGUUAUGAUUCAAGUGAUGGCUUUUUGCAUACAGGAAUCAUGACAGGAGAAAUGGACUCAAGUAAGUUCGCAUCUGAUGCCCCAGGUGCAAGGGCCAUUGUUUCAUAUUACAAGCUGAUAGACAGUGAUGGAGCGACGAAGAACCAUGCAGUUAUAACUUUAAUGUCACUUGGAAAAUUGACUUAUAAUCCAACUAGCGGCAAUACAAUAGUUAAAACAUAUCUCCCACAGCAUUUUACAGCUACUGGCACCUAUAACACAAAAACAAUGAUCUAUUACACAGUCCCAGACGACCCUAAGACUAAAAUGGAGCUCUAUGAGAGCUCCAGCACCUGGUCUAUUGUUAGUCCCACAAGCACAUUUACAGCUGCAACAUCGUCUGGGAUUUUUACUGUCGGAGAGGCUGCAACUUUGACUAUUUCUCCAACAAUUGCAAGUGGUUCUAUAGCUAACACUGAUAUAAUUGGAGUUGGGAUGACUAAAGGUACAACUCAGCAGGAACCAGUUAUGAGCCUCCUAAUUAGCUCAAAUACUUAUACAUCGACAAACCCAUAUAGUGGAAGCUCAGUCACUGAUACCACAGAAGGAGCUUUUGUCAUGACCUAUGGUUUUUCUGGCUACUCUGGCACUUCUAUUAGUAGUUCUACAACUUUCACCUUGAAAAUAACAAAUGUUUAUCCACCUAACCAAGUUGACAAAACUUCAGGAAAAGUAGAAACUAAUUACAGUGUAUGGAUUGCAGAUGGUAGUAGUCCUGGAAAUGGCUGCAAGUGAACAAAAACGAUCACAAGCUCAGAUAGUUCUGUUUCUAUAAGUACUGGAAAAAUUAAUUCCCCAACCUGUAGCAUGACGACAUCAUCUGGGUCAGGGCUUGUUGAUGUCACAUUAGAGCUAAGUUUUACUAUAUCCCAUGACAUUCCUGCAGGUGGGCUAAUCGAAGUUACUAUGGGCACAAGUUUUGGGUGGUCUGACACUGAUGGAAUUUCGGCAUGCUCAUCUACAACUUUAACCCCUUCUGAUGGAAGUUCAAUUUCUUGCAAAGUUUCUGCAUCAGGAAGCAUGCUGUUGACAAGCUUCAACCCAGUUUCUUCUGGAACUUCUAUUAGCAUUUUUGUAAAACACGUCCUUCCGUCUUCUUCGUCGAAUUUAGUUUGCUUUACCUUGGUGACGACACAAGCUUCUGCAGGGAAAUACAUUGAUUCUUACUCAGGAAGUGUUCCUGUUGUGGUAGAUGGUGGCUCAAGCUCAAUUGGUAUUCCUACUUAUCUUACCACUGAGGUGUAUCCUAAUAAUGCAGGAAUGCUAGCUGACCUUUAUAUGGCAUUCUCAAUGUCCAGAACAAUUCCAGCUAAAGGAAAAAUCGUUAUAUCUCAGGGUAUAGCUUCAUCAUGGAAUUAUCCAUUAGGGACUAUCCAAGACUUCUGCUGGAGCAAUGUUCCCUACUUGGCCUGCAAAAUCGAAAAUUUUAACGUAGUACUUACUUUAAGCCAAGAUUUGGUUGCUGAGUCUAUUGUUGAAAUAUAUAUAGACAGUGCUUUUGUGCUUCCGAAAGUCCCUGGAAAAACGUCAUCUGGUAUUAAAGUCCAAGGAAAUUGGGCAGGAACAGUACUUGUUAAAGACUCUACUUCGGGUGCACUACUAGAUAUUGGCCAAAAAAUAGACUCAACAAUCCAAAUAAGCAGCAUUGCUAUUACAGAUAUAGCGAAUGUGGGAGAAAGCGCGACGUAUAAGUUUACAUUUGGAAGUGUUGACGUUGAGGCUGAUGAUUUUAUUGUAUAUUUUUCUAUAUGAUUGUAUUUUAAUAAUAAAGCAAUGUUUUAUAUUUAUUAGUCAUAUUUAUUUAAUAUUUAGCCUAUUUCGCAUAAUUCAAUUCCCAAGAUCAGACACUGGAUCAGGGUUUGAUCCAUAUAUAGGCGACGCCACCAACCCAUUUUCAGUGCUCAUGCCAGACCAAUAUGAACUAAAGUGCAGUUCGUCUGCUCUGGGAACCAUUUCUUGCAGUCCUAACCACUGGUAUCUGACUGUCACUGAUAUUAGCACGCUAGUAACAGCUGAAACCAAUAUUGACGUGAGCGUCUACAAUGUCAGAAACCCAUAUAUGGUUACUGAUGGGAAAUUUUCAAUUUGGCAUUAUAAUUCAACUGGAUAUGCCAAAGCAUUUGGAAGCUCAAUCCAAUACACCCAGACCGUAAAUCCAAGCAAAAGCAAAGUCAUGCUUAAGUCAAUGGACACAGAUGACGACGCUCAAUCUACGAUGGCUGACUAUACCUUUGAAUUUUAUCCUACAAACACGUCUGAUAUAUUUACAUCAGACACAGUGUUUUACAUUAAUUUCCCGGAGCAGUUUAACUAUAAUAUGUGGAAAUCAAAUUCAAUAGCAUGCAGCUCAGCCCUUUGCCAAAAUACUACUGACGCUUAUAACUGUGACAAGUCCUGGAAUCCUAAUCAACUGUGCUCUGUAAAUGGGUCUAAAGUAAUGCUGAGCAUUCAAUCCGAUAAUUCCAUAAGAUUAACUGAAGCAUCAAGAAUAGUAUUGACAAUUCCAAAUAUUCAGAAUCCAGGCAGUGGGUUGAAAAGAGAAAAGGGAUCUGGAUGGGACACAAUGGAUACUAGCACGUUCGGGAGCUUUAAUUUCUGGUCAAGUAAAUUCGAGGUCGGUGUUUGGAAUACAGUCAAGCUUACUCUUACUCCCCCAACAAAACCAUCGGGGGGAAUCCAUACUUUUUGGCCAAAAACCAACUUCCGUUAGUGAACAACAUUUUUUAUAAAAAAAAUUGUAAUAUGCAAGUGAUAAUUAUUAUAAUGAAAUCUCUAGGUAAUUCUGUUUAAUUUUAAACAGCUUGCAUUUUAAAAAAUAAAUUUUGUAAAUUAAAUUAAUUUUUUUCUUCUUCUCAAUUUUUACAAAUAAGUUUUUUAAAUUUUGAAGAAUAAAAAACUCUAUGAGCAAGCAAAAUUUUUUGGUUACCCGCUAUAGGGGAGGUUAGCAAAAGCUAUGGGCUCUUAAAUAGUGGCUAUAAAGGCUAUACCCAAGAGGCAUCCUCAUUAGGGGUUGAUUAUUCAGAACCAAGUGGCCGAAUUGCUUUAAUCCCAGGGCAGCAAAGUGAUGAUAUUCAUAUGAAAAUUUCUAACAGUUGGCCAUCAGUAGACAAAUCCAUUAAAUUUAUCCCAACAAUAAGUGGGACUGGAUCAAGCUAUCUCAAACUUUCCUCGCAAUUCCACGGUUGGGUGCUAAAACAAAUGCAUUCAGAAAUUGUGUUCAGAGUAGCUGCUCUGCGAGAAACACCUAAUGGAAUUUAUUAUAUCGACUGGACAUUGAAUGAAAACUCUCAAGACCCUAAUGUCAGCAUGUAUAAUGCCCCUUCAAGCACAUUGAUAGAAGUCCAUACAAAUCCAGACAAGCAUCUGUCAAUCAAUAUCUCCAAAAUUCCUAAGCUAUACUAAAUUCCUGGGGAUAGCGCGGAAUACGCUAUCCCCAGGACCAACCGGGAUCGGAUCCACACAUGGAACGGGGGUUCCAUGUGUGGAUCCAUUUUUGACAUGUGAGAUAGUUACUUUCACGUGUCAAAAAUGGAUCCACACAUGGAACCCUCGUUCCAUGUGGGAUCCGAUCCCGGUUGGUCCUGGGGAUAGCGUAUUCCGCGCUAUCCCCAGGAAUUUUUCUAUAUAUGUAAACAUAAUUACUGCCAAACUUUUUUGAAAUUAUAGCUUUUAUUACUAUUUUUUAUAUAAAAAAGAAAACUCUCUGAAAUACUCAAAAAUAUAUUUUUAAAUAGUGUGUAGGAUACAGUAGUGUUCCAGUCUGUGUCACGAUGACCUAUGCUCCUGCAAACAAUUUAAUGGUAACUCCAACUUUUAACUCAGACUCCAUAGGAAUAGCUGCUAAUCCAGCAUGACUGCAAUUUGCUCCUGACAUAAACUCAUUGUGCUUUACUAUUGAUGUUGCACAAAAUUAUGCAUCAUCUAAUAGCACUACAACCAUGUCCCUUGCACUUUCUGGGGAUAACUCAAAUAUUUACAAGGCACCAGCCAGCAUUAUUCUUUCAGUAGGUCAGCUUUCUUCAAGUCUUAUGCAAGCCAACCUACAGCUACAAAGCACUGUAAAAGAUGGAAGUACUGUGUCAAUUUCAGUGGCAUCAGAUUACGAUGUUAUUCUGUACUGGUCUCUUACUUGCAAAGGGGCAGAUAUUUUGCCUUUUAAAACUAUGGUUGACAAUGCGCCAGUGCUCACAGAUCCAAAUUCUUAUACACUAAGUGACCAACUUGCUAAAUCCCCUUACAGUGAUAAAAUUAGUCUAUAAAUGAUUUUAAAAAAUAGAAAUUAUUUUUUCUUUUAAAAUUUAAAUUAUUUUUAAAUGAAUUUCUUUAGGCAAAUUAUAAUUAUUAUUUAUAUCAAGCAUUUUGCUUAAAGAAAUCCAUUAAAAUUAUUUUCCUAAACAAACGUUUUCACUAUAUUUUGAUGGGGGAGUGAUGAAUAUGCUAAUAAGGAGACUGACAUUGACACUUCUAAAGACAAAGAUAUUUAUGAAUUCUUCAGUAGACAGCAUGCUGAGCAUUGUGACGAUUAUUAUAUUUCUUCACAAGUAGUCUAUGCCAAAACUACAACCAUCAUAAAUCUUGACUUCCUUAUGGGUGGGACUGACUAUACAUUUGCAGCUUACGGUGAUCAUAAACUAUUAAGUGAUCAUUCGUACGAUCAGCCUAAGGUGAUUAAUUUCACUACAUCGCCUCUCCAACCAAUCAUGACGCUUUUCGUAACCUGCACUUCAACUGGGGAUUUGAGUCUAUAUUCCUCCAAAGUAGCGAGCACACUUGCAAAAUACAGCGGAAUCAAUCCAUCCUGGCUUUAUUAUAUUAGCACAAGCCAGCCUUCUAAUAGAAGAGUUCAAGCUUAUGGAACAGCUACGACUUUCAGCUAUUAUGUCAUAUAUGAUAGAAGUUUCCCAGGAUACUCAUCUUCAAAAAUCCUUGAGAAUUUCAAUAAAAAUCAAGCCAACGCCAUGUCAGAGCUCAAAUCAACUUUAUACUUAAGCUCAGCUCCUUCAUAUACAUUCAGUGAUGUAAUUCCAAGCACAAACCCAGCUUGGGAAUUACUUCCUGUGCUAAUAAAGCAAAAAGACGAUAUGCAAAGAUUCAACUUGACCUCUUCAAUAAAUGGAAAAGCCUAUGUAUCAUGUGGGAUAAAUUCUACUAAUUUCCAGAAAAACCAUUGGGAAAUUUCAAAUAAACUUAAAACUUUUUAAAAAUAUAGGAAUUUUGAAAAUCUAUAGAUAUUAAUUUUUUAAGCCUGCAUUUUUUAAAACAUAAAUUUUCAUAUCAAUUAUUUACAAUUUAGUAUUAAUUAAAAGAACAGAAAAAACCUGCUUACUAAUCAAGAGUGGGAGUAAUGAUAAUCCAGCUGCUUGGCAAGUAAUGGAUGGACUAGAUGCGAGAAACAAUAAAGGGAGAGUCAGUUCUAUAGAUGUGACAGCACAUGUGCCUCAAUUACUGAGUAUAUCAGGGCUUCAAGAAGGAACUACGUAUUAUUGCUAUCUUACUCUUUGCAAUAACUACCCUAUGUGGCCGACGUGUAUGGAGUAUGGUGGAGACUCCCAAUAUACGUCGAUGUAUAAAUUAAAUAAAGAGUCCAGACUUGAGUCCUUUGAAUGCUUUUGACCUCCGGAUCACUGAUCACCAGGAGUAGCAGUGGUAUCCCGAACCCCAACAGCAGUAGUCGUCUCAGGAACUAGAGCCUACACUAGUCUCUCUUUUGAUUCCUGACAGGUUAGAAAUACUCCUCACUCCCCCCAUCCUUGAUCGAACGAUUGACUGUAAAAAUUCCUAAAAAUUGGGGAAAUCAACCCCCAUCCUUGAUCAAACGAUUUUCAUAUGCAAAUUUUUAUAUAUAUAAAAAUAUAUUAUUUAUCAAAAGCUUGGGAAAAUGUACAUAAUGAAGUUGUUUUCAGAGACUUUAAGACAACAAAAAGCUACGGAAUCAACUAUUCGAAGUGAUUUAGUCAUCAACCUUGGCUUAAAAACUCAAUAUUCUAAUAAAAUAGAGAUUCUUUAAAAUUUAAAAAAAAAAAAUUUUAAUUUAAUAAGGAACAAACUAAAUUUUAUACAGUUUAAAAAGGUAACUAAUAAAUCAAAAUAUUAAAAAUUGGUAUUUUUAUGAAAUUAAUUUAAUUUUUUUGCUGUAAAAAUAAUUAUUAAACACUCUUAACCCUCUUAUUUAAAAGUAAAUAAAAAAAAUAUAUAUAUAUAUAUAUAUUUUAUUUUAUAUAUAAAAUUUUUUUCCCAAAGUUUUAACCCCCCAUCCUUGAUCGAACGAUGGCGAGCCGUUCGAUCAAGGAUAGGAGGGAGUCAAUGCUUGAGGGUGCUAUAGAGGUAAAUGUUAGCCCAAAACCUCCUUUCGGUCACCUUGAGAAUAGAAAUACCCAAUAAAAACGAACCACGGUCCUCUGGAGAUGGCAGUGAAAAGAACUCGUGACACAAAAGCCAUCCGAUAAACUAAUACUUACUUGAGUGGCUAUCGUUAGUUGCUUGUUUUCGAACAUUGCAACCCUACAUGUGGGAUCUUUUCCACGUGUGAAAAGAUGAUUCUACAUGUGAAGCCCUUUUGAUUUUCACAUGUGGAAUUAUCUUUUCAUACGUUGAAAAGAUCCCACAUGUAGUUGCAAUGUUCAAAAACAAGCAACUAACGAUACUAGAUGACUUCAAAGCCAUCCACCCCAUACGGGAGCUAUACAGCGUAUUCAGGGUUAGAAUCAAGAGCAUGAGCCUUGCUUUGGCUAUAAAGCUAUUUUUUCGCCUAAAUAUGCUUUGUCAGUAAGGAGAUAUUUUAUCGCCGCCACAAUAUUAAUUAUGCGUCGAUGAGUCGGAUAAGUGUAAAGGGUAGUGACAGCGAUGGGAGCGUUUGGAUUCUACUUGGGUUGUCUAUCCUAUUGAUAUUUAAUUAA